CCUAACCCUAGGUAAGCAGGUAUCUGGGGUAGACCAAUUCAUCAUCGCUCUACGGAGUACUUAGCCAAGAUUUCCACGACCGAUGCUGACAUGGAGUAAGCUAACCGCCGCACUGUCCACGCCCAGUGAGUGCAUCAGCAAUAACGUUAUGUAGAUAGUACACCACAAAGUGCAAACAUGCAUUACAAAUCUCGUCGAGAGCCUGCCCUUACUAAAUAACAUCCAUUUCAUCAGAGACAAUCUAUAUAAACAACAAGUGCCGACAUCAUGAUCCUUAGAUGUCCGAGUCAAGCACCUCGAAGCCAACUAAUAUUUUACCGCGCCAUCUUUCCACCAAACCAAUUCAUCUUAUUCCAAGCACAAUGCCCAGCUCCACCAAGAAGACUCUUGUCGUCCUGGGCGCCACCGGAAGCCAAGGAGGUUCUGUCGCCCGGGCUUUUCUCAACGAUCCAGCUCUCGCGUCUGAGUGGCAUGUUCGGGGCUUUACUCGCAACACCUCCUCCGUUCCCGCCAUCGAGCUAUCAAGGCUGGGUGCCGAGAUGGUCUCUGGGUCCGUCGACUCGGUUGCAGAGCUCAAGGCAGCUUUCAACGCCGCCACCGCCAUCUUCGCAGUCACCGACUUUUGGACCGCCUUCGGAACUGAAGAAGUCGCCAACAGAGUCCGAGACGAAGGUGUCGACCAUGGCGUUGCCACGCGGGAGCUCGAGGAACUCUGGGGCCGGAACAUUGCCCAGGCAGCGGCAGAGACACAAAGCCUCGAGCGCUUUAUCUUCAGCAGCCUGCCGCCUGUAUUGGAACUCAGCCAAGGAAAGCUGAGGCACGUCCAUCACUUGGACAGCAAGACCAACAUCGUCAGGAAAAUCCGGCAAGAGCACCCUGCACUUUGGGCAAAGACUUCGCAGAUCAUAGUCGGGUGCUACAGCUCCAACAUGUUGCCCGGAUCGUUCUUCGGACCCAAGCUCAACCAAGAAACUGGGAACGCCGAGUUUGAAGGGCCCAACGAUGUCGACACGCCCAUCCCGCUCAUUGACCCCACCGUCAGCACCGGCCCCUUUGUCAAGACACUGCUUCUCGAUGAGCCCGUCGGGACUGUUUUGGCGGCCUACGAUGAGUUGAAGUCUUUCCGUGACAUCAUCAAAGUGCUUAACGAGUCAACACGGCACCGCUUCGUCUACGUGCAAAGGUCUGUUGACGAGCUGGCGGCCGCCUCGCCGUUGGGGCGCGAAUCACCCGAAAGCUGGUUGUGGAUUGCCGAGUACGGCCUCUUUGGUGAAAAGGUGGCUGGGUGGAAGGACUCUAUCAAGUUGCCAACUGAUCUUAGCGUCAAGGUGAAAACCCCUUCUGUCGAAAAAUGGCUGAAGCAACGAGACUGGAGCGUGUCCUCGGCCGUAUAACAUAGCUCUUGUGCUAGUACGACCAACUAUAGCGUAGUUGAUAGCCUCCCCAGCUCCACUCUCAAUUUCUACGGAACCUACCUGUACUAAAUUCCCCAUUCAAGUGGUCAACAUGAGCAUGCAAGUAUCGGUUUACCCCAGACCGAAUCAAUUACUGAGCAUCGGGUGAGCGGCACGGACCCUAGUAGUUAGGCUAACUCUAAACAUUGAAUCAUCGAGAGCAUGCU